GUUGAAGCAUUGGGUCCUUUAAAUUUGGCGAAUUGCGAUUAGUGAGUGGGUCGGUUGGGCUCGUAAGUCGUAAAUACUCUCUACUUUAAGCCGCACCCUCCACUCUCUCUGCUCCCAAAACCCUAAUACCAAUUUCCAUGGUGCAGAAGAAGCAGCAGCGCCCAUCGCCUCUCGACGAUCCACCCACAGCUUCGUCUUCCGAUUCCGAGGAAGAAGAGCAACGACCUUCCUCCGAGCAACGCCACGCAGAGGAUGAAGAAGUAGCUUCCUCCGAAGAGGAAGAGGAUUCGUCCGAAGAAGACGAUGACGAUGAUGAAGAACAUAACCCCAAACCCGCUUCCCAAAACCCUCCACCCCCUCCCACUAACUCCCUCCCCAAACCCUCUUCAUCCGAAUCUGAAACUGACUCCGAUUCCGGAUCCGACUCCGAACCCGACCCCAACCCCAACCCCAAAGUGAAACCCCUCGCCUCCAAGCCCAUGGAGCAGGCCCAAAAGCCCAAGGCUCAUCCCUCUCCGACCCCGUCCAAGUCGGGAUCGAAGCGCGCUGCCGAGAACCAUGCUCACGUGACUGGCCCCAAACGUGCGAAGAAGAAAGCAACCGAUUUUUCUGGUGGUGGUUCCGACGAGGAGGUGGAGGAGGAUGGGAAGAAGUCAGGGGAGUUGUCGAAGAAGUUUCAGAGGAUCUGGAGCGAGGAAGAUGAACUCGCCAUUCUUAAGGGUAUGGUUGACUUCACUUCCAACACUGGUCAAGACCCUUUUAAGUACGCCAAUGCCUUUCACGAUUUCAUGAAGAAGUCGCUUCAUUUCGAUGCUUCCAGCAACCAACUGAAGGAGAAGAUUCGAAGGCUGAAGAAGAAGUUUGAGACCAAUUCCGGCAAAGGGAAGAAUGGAAAUGGCCCUAAGUUCUCCAAACCGCACGACCAAAAAUCUUACGAAUUGUCCAAAAAGGUUUGGGGAAAUGAACAAGUUGAAACAGCCAAUGGGGCAAUUGAAAAGGAAAAAUCUAACGGGAAAGCUGCCAAGAGUCCUAAGAAGGAAGCUAGUGGUAGUAGGAAUGUGGCUACUUCUGGCAAGAAAUUGAAACCCGAAACGAAACCUGAACCUGAGCGGAUAUCUGAGGUUUUGACGGAAUCUGGAAAAAUGGACAUUGAUCCGAAGCCUGAUGGUGAUACAGGUUUGCUUUUGAGUGAAAUGUUCUGUUAUCAAAAUGGUGGCGGGGGUGUUUAUCGGCUGAAUGAGGAUGAUGCCAAGAGGGGUUUGCAGUUAAUUGGAGAAUCAAAGAGGGCAGAGUUGGAGGCCAAGUGGAAGAAAAUUCGAGCUGCAGAGAUGAAGUUGUAUGCAGAUCGUGCACUACUGGUUGGGGAGCAGACUAGCUUGAUUUUGGAGGCGCUUCAGCCAUCCAACCAUUAGCAUUGUCAAUUGUGUUAGGCUUUAUAAGGACAAAAUACCGGAGGCUAGACUUCAAGGGAUGGCGACUUUUAUCAGAUUAUGAAGAGGUGGUUAUUGACCUCAGUGAUUGGGACUGACGGGUCCUUUGGCUGGCUUGAUGAGCCAUUUUAAUGUAUAAACAAACAACUGGUACCCUCCUUUGAAGUAUUAGACCAGGUUUAUCUCAACAAAUGCUUUAAUCAAACAGUAAGGAAUAAAGGUCUCUUAAAGACCCAAAAAUGUUUAGAAUUUGUUGUGAGGAGUAAAGAACUCUUAAAGACACCCAAAAAUGUUUAGAAUUUGUUGUGAGGAAUAAAGAACUCUUAAAGACAACCCAAAAAUGUUUAAAAUUUGUUCUUGCUGUAAUGCCCUGCCUCUCAAAGACGUGCCCCAUAGUGUACAAGCCAUCCACCACCUAGGAAACAAGGACGUUCAAAGUUAGACCAAAUAUUCUAUUUCUGUCAGCAGAUGUUUAUGAUCAUGGUUCUUGUUAAAUUUCUUAGAAGGUAUGAUAUUUAGUAUAUAUUAUUUCUUUGUCCUUUGUCAUUCGUAGUUUAAAACUAGCAAAACAAAAUCUGUUUGUGACCAAAACGUGACUCUAAUUGCAAAUCAUUAGAUUAUGAUAUUGGAACACACUAUAUAGCUCACAGUCCGUAGGAGAAAUAAGAAUGAACCACACGAGUCUGCUACUGGUUCUGAGGUAUCUUUUUGUGAUAGUGUUCGGCAGUUCAACUACGUGCACAUAAUUUUAUGUUCCUUUUGUAAUUUUAGCCAUGAUAUCCUAUUACAUGUAACAGUUUAUUAGCAUCAUAAACAUUCCAGCUAUGGGAAGUUACGUAAAAAAUUGCUAAAAUAAACACUUAAUUGUACUGGAACUUAGUUCUCAUUAUGAGAUAUAUCACGAUAAACACAUGUCAAUGUGUGUUAUCAAUCUAUUUUUGCAU